AUGGAAGAUUUCGUUAUGAAAUUAUCCGAAAGACCACCAGAAUUUUAUAUUAAAACAAGAAUUUUCCAUCCAAACAUAGAUGAGAACGGUAAUGUUUGCUGCAAUUUAAUUGGAUCAGGAUGAUCUUCACGAAAUUCUGCUAGAUCAAUAUUUUAUGGGGUUUUCGCAGUGCUCAGCAAGCCCAAUGCACAAAAUGGAUAUGUAAAUGAAGCUCUAGAAAUUUUUCUAAAAAGUAAAGAUGAGAUGCUAGAGAAGCCAGAAAUUGGACAAGAAAAUACGCGAAUAAGAUAA